CUUCGACGUACACAUAAAUUACUUCCGGACCUGAAAGUAAAUAUUUGAAUCUUCCCCAAAUUCUCCCAUUCUCACAAACACACAAACCCUUUCUUUCUGUUAUUCUCUCAGCAGCACCAAUCAAACUGCAGAAUUUAACCCCUCCAUCGUUUCAGGUAAACUAAACUGGUAUACCUGUUGAAGCAAAGUGCCAAUGGAGUGCGUGGUUCAAGGAAUCAUAGAAACACAGCAUGUUGAAGCCCUUGAGAUUCUUCUUCAAGGCCUCUGUGGUGUUCACAGGGAACGCUUAAGGAUUCAUGAAUUAUGCCUUAAAAGUGGCCCCAAUCUAGGUUCUGAAGCAUCAGAGGUUCGACUUUUAUGUGAUCUUGAGCAGCCUGAGCCCACUUGGACUGUUAGACAUGUGGGGGGUUCAAUGAGGGGUGCAGGUGCUGAUCAAAUAUCAGUUCUUGUGAGGACAAUGGUGGAAAGCAAAGUGAGCAAAAAUGUGCUUCGAUUGUUUUACUUAUUGGGUUAUAAAUUAGAUCAUGAGCUGUUGAGAGUAGGAUUUGCUUUCCAUUUUCAAAGGGGUGCUCAAAUAGCUGUUACAGUUUCAUCUGUUAAUAAGAUGCUAAAAUUACAUGCCACUGAUGAGGCUGUUCCUGUGACACCUGGCAUUCAAUUAGUGGAAGUCACUGCACCUGCUUCAGCUGAAAAUUACAGUGAAGUUGCAGCUUCAGUCUCAUCAUUUUGUGAAUAUCUUGCUCCGUUGCUGCAUUUGUCAAAACCUGGUGUUUCAACAGGAGUUGUUCCAACAGCUGCAGCAGCAGCUGCAUCUCUCAUGUCAUAUGGUGGAACUACAAUUAUGUAGGCAAAAUAAGAGAAAACAAAAGAUGUGUCUUUUAAGGCCUAAUUCUUGAUGAUUUUGUAUGUAAUGUUAUAUUUUAAUAGAAGGUUAAAGGCAGCUUAUAUUUCCCUUUA